AUGCCCGGCCUCCCCGCUGCCCACCACCACCCCCGCCACCCCCACCUCCUCCGCCGCCGCCGCCACCUCCACCCCCACUCCCGCUGCCUCCGCCGCCUCCACCUCCACCGCCGCCACCUAAGCCCCCAGUCCCGCCACCACUCCCACCUCCACCCCCACCCCCUCCUCCUCCUCCUCCACCGCCACUACCGCCGCCCCCGCCGCCCCCUCCACCCCCCUUGCCCCACUUGCCCUUGCUGUUGCGGCGCUUGCCACUAG